CACUCACCACCUUUUCUACAUGUUCUUCCUCAUUGCACGAAAUAUUUACAGAGAGCAUGACGAUUUUGACCUACACAUUAAAUAUAUGAACAAGAAACACCCUAAUUUUGGAAGUUGUUUAUUUAUUAUUCACCAAACUCCCACCCAACAAUAACUGAAUAAGAUGAUAAUCUCUUCCUACAAUUAAUCCGAACCUACCAUGACAACCACCCGCCUCAGAAAACCCAUUAAACAUUUCCCAAUCAUCAGAUCCACUCUCCUCAUCCUCUCCAUGGCAUCCAUCCCCUUCAUCCUCUUCCUAUUCCUCUCCCUCUCCCACUCAACCCAUUCCCAUUCCCAUUUUCAUUCACAUUCCCAUUACAUUCACAUCCAACAAGCUUGCAAAGCCACCCGCUUCCCUCACCAAUGCCAAACCUCUCUCUCCUCCCUAUUCAACAACCCAAACCCCAUCCACAUUAUCCAAUCCGCCAUAACACUCUCCUCUCAAAACCUCUUCACCGCCCAAUCCAUGCUCAAAACCUUCCUAGACGCUUCCACAGGAAACCGCUCCCGAACCACCGUCGCCAAGAGCUGCCUCCAAGUCUUCCAAUACUCUCAUCACCGUAUAUCUCUCACAUCACAUGCACUCUCACGUGGAAGAACCAAAGACGCACGUGCCUUCAUGAGCGCUGCAUUGGCUUAUCAGUAUAACUGCUGGUCCGGUCUCAAAUACGCAAACGACACUUCACUCGUCUUCAAAACGAUGUCGUUUCUUGAAUCCCUCACCAUCCUCUCCAGUAACGCUCUCGCCAUGAUUCUCAACUACGACCUCUUUGGAAACGACACCGCUUCAUGGAGGCCGCCUCGCACCGAGCGUGACGGUUUUUGGGAGGGUUACGGCUCGGGUACAUUCGGCUCUGGACCUUCCGUACCCGCGAAUCUUACGCCGAAUGUUACGGUGUGUAAGGAAGCGGGAAGUGGGUGUUAUGAGACGGUGCAGGAAGCGGUUGAUGCUGCGCCUGAUGACGUGGAUGUUGGAGGAGGGAAAUUUGUGAUACACAUAAAGGAAGGGGUUUAUGAAGAAAGGGUUAGGGUUCCGUUAAGGAAGAGGAACGUUGUGUUUUUGGGUGAUGGUAUUCGUAAAACUAUCAUCACCGGCUCUGCUAACGUGGGACUACAAGAGGGGAUGACAACCUAUAACUCUGCCACCGUAGGGGUUGUUGGGGAUGGAUUCAUGGCAAAGGAUCUCACUAUCCAAAACACAGCAGGUGCUAAUGCUCACCAAGCAGUGGCAUUUAGAUCAGACAGUGAUCUUUCUGUUAUCGAGAAAUGUGAAUUCAUAGGAAAUCAAGAUACUCUCUAUGCUCAUUCCUUGCGUCAGUUUUAUAAAUCUUGUCGUAUUAUAGGCAAUGUGGACUUCAUCUUUGGAAACUCAGCUUCAUUCUUCCAAGACUGCGAAAUCCUAGUCCAGCCCAGGCAAGCAAGGCCAAAGAAAGGGGAGAACAAUGCCAUUACUGCACAUGGCAGAACAGACCCUGCUCAGUCAACUGGCUUUGUUUUCCACAAUUGCUUGGUUAAUGGUACCGAUAAAUAUAUGGAAUUGUAUUAUAGCAAGCCUAAAGUACACAAGAACUAUCUAGGAAGGCCAUGGAAGGAGUAUUCUAGAACAAUUUUCAUUCAUUCUUUCUUGGAAGCCCUUAUCACACCACAGGGUUGGAUGCCAUGGAGUGGAGAUUUUGGGCUGAAUACACUGUACUAUGGGGAAUUCAAGAACACUGGACCUGGUUCUAAUUUGACUAAGAGAGUGUCCUGGAGUAGCCAGGUUCCUGNUGAACAUGCAAACACGUAUUCAGUGCAGGGUUUCAUUCAAGGAGAUGACUGGGUUCAUCAUAUCAGUUAUUAGCUCAUCAUGGGAUGUGAGUAAGUGAUGGUAGAGUGAUAACUAUAAAUAGGAGUCAUUGGUAAAUGAGGAGUUUUCCAUAUUCUUAUCCACAUCUACUUGGCAACUGCUGAUACAAUCAGGAUUUCAGAAAUGCCAUGGGGAGAACGGAAUUCCAAAUCCUGCAUCAGAUCAGUUUUGCUGGUAGAUACACUUCUGGGUUGAUCCUACUCAUUUUUAUUAGGUUCACUCUCUGACCCUCCUUAUUACUUUUGUGUGAUGUGAUGACUGUGGUAUAGAAUGAUGAUCUGAUUAUGUAAAAUUAGUAAAUUUCAUUCCACAGUGCUUUUCAUCCGAUGUAACCAGACAAAGAGGAUAUGGAAGGAAAAUCUAUUACCGUGACUUUUAUUA